AUGUCUCUCCAGGUUGACGACCGCAGCCGUCGCGACCGUUCCCGCUCCCCGGGUCGUCGAGAGCGUAGUCGCAGCCCUGCAGUCCCCGCCAUGGUUGACCCCUCGCGGGAAUCUAGCUAUGCCUACCCCGAAGAUGAUCUUGAUGACAGGUACGCCAGGGAUAGAGGGGAUAGAGGCGCUCGCAUCGUCACCGCCGAACCGGGCGCCCCUGCUCCUCCUGGUACCAUGUCGGGUGCCAUGCCCUAUCCUGAGGACGGCAGCGAAGCAAUGUUCCCCGGCAGCCGUUCGCUCUACAACUACGACGACCGCAAUUCGGCUUCCUACCGGCCGCCAUCCUCUCCACGAGACAACUACCAGCGUAGCUCUCGGGACAGAUUCGACGACCCGCACGUCAGAACGGCUUCACCCCGCGAUGAGGAUAAGCUCAAGUACCUUCCGGCCAAGUACAGCAGUCAUGGCCGCAGCCGCAGCAGCAGCAAGUACGGCAACGAAGCCGAAUACCCGCCUCCCCAACCACCCCGUCCCGGCCCGGACGACCUCUAUCCCCCACCUAAGCCUGCCCGCCCUGUGUCGCCUGGCGGUUAUGCCUACGCACAACCUCAGCCUUAUGAAUAUGCCAAGACCGACGAGAAGACCGACAAGGCUAGAAAGAAGGAGGAGAAGAAGAAGGCGCUAGAGGAGAACCUCACCUAUGGGUAUGAUCAGUACGCCUCAAAGCCUAGCUUGGCACCUGAGCCUCAAUACUCUGGCCGGGCUCCCAGCCCAGGCCCCCAGAUCUCCGCUGGCGCUGCUGCGUACUACGGAGCUGACCCCAGGACUUCUGCUUCCAACGUCUUGACGGUUGACCCCAGCAGCCGCAGGCGGGACAAGUCGCCUCAGCCGCCUACCCAUCGCAUGUCUAAUCUGUCCGUCAACACAGGCCACCACUCUUUGAACAUGAACCUGUCGUUGGCCAACGCACCUGGCUCGCCGUUGCUCGAGUCAUACCAUGGCACGUACCAAGACAUGUCGCCCAUGCCGUCGCCCUUACUCCUGGCAUCUCAGCCACAUGAUUUACAGGUGAUGGAGCCCAUUUCUCCAAUCGGCUCUGACGAUGAGGGUAGACGACGACGGAGGGCCCGGUUCCACGACAUUGAAGACGAUGCUGCCAGGAUCGCAAAGGCGCUCAGAAGCGAUCGCAAAAGCCCUGACACUGAGCCUCUCAUCGAGAUCCUGCCUGGCCUGACUCAUGACCAGGUGAUGGAUCUGCGCAAGGAGUACAAGGCACUUGUGAAGACCGGUCCAGACCGCAAGGGUGUUAACGUGGCUAAGCACAUCCGCUCUCGCCUCAAGGACUCGGAUCCCAACCUGAUGAAAGCAUGCUACUCGACUGCCUUGGGCCAGUGGGAAAGCGAGGCGUAUUGGGCCAACUUCUGGUACCAAGGUGACAAGACGCGCCGCGAGCUACUCAUUGAGGCGCUCAUGGGCCGCACGAAUCACGAGAUCCGUUUGAUCAAGGACGGCUUCAACGACAAAAAGUACGACAACAGUUUGACCAAAUGCAUGAAGACGGAACUGAAGGAAGAUAAGUUCAAGAAGGCUGUAUUGAUGGUGCUGGACGAGCGCAGGAUGGAGGAGUACGACCCCUACGGUCGUCGCUUGGCCAUUGACUACCACCUCGUGGAAGACGACGUGUCAGAUUUGCGCAAGGCUGUCAAGUCAGAAAAGGGCGGUGAGACGCUGAUGAUCAGCAUUGUUGUGCAAAGAAGCGACUCGCAUCUGCGUGAGGUGCUCAAGUUGUACGAGAGGACGUACCGGUCUAACUUUGCGCGUGAUGCGCUGAAGAAGAGCGGUAACUUGGUGGGCGAACUACUGGCUCACAUCCUCAACGGUGUUAUCAACAAACCUGUGCGAGACGCCCUGCUUAUUCACCACGCCGUCACAGCCAGCCGCAAAGACGGUCUGCGUCGCGAGUUGCUCAUUUCCCGGCUGGUACGCUUCCACUGGGACCGCCAUCACAUGGAGGCCAUCAAGCGGGCAUACCGCGAACGAUAUGGUCGCGACUUGCAAGACGCUGUUAGGGAGGCCACGACCGGUGAAUGGGGCAUCUUCUGCCGCGAAUUGUGCAUUUACCGUAUGCCGAAUGAUGUGAAGAGCUAUGAGCGUCGGUAA